UCUGUGAGACCGGAAGUGAUUUUCUCCCUUCUCUCUCUCGAAGACGCGCCUGUGCGCUCUUACGCGCCGCGGAGCCCUGCACACUCGCUCCAUGUUCCCGCUGUGAAGCGGCACCAUGAAGCUGCUCCUGCUCGCUGUGCUGCUGAGACUCGGGGGGGAGCCGAGCCGGUGCCGGGCUCAGGCGGCCAGCCACACUUUCGACAGUGCCAUCCGCCACUUCACCAUCGUCUCCGACUCGGUUUACGUCGCCACAGAGCAGACGCUGUACCGACUGAGCCGCACGCUGGUUCCGCUGGAGAGCCUGACCCAGAGAGGCGUCCUGGAGAGCAGAGAGAGUCCGUGGGAGAGCCCCUUUUAUCGCGUGUCGGAGACGCACCGGCAGAACAAGACUUUCACCGUGAACCUGCUGGUGCCUUUUGUCAGGAACCGCUCCCUGAUCACCUGCGGGGUGACGGACUGCGGGUACUGCGAGGUGCGGGACCUGACCAACAUCUCCAGUCUGCUGCACAGUGAAAACUUCAAUGUUGGCUCUCUGAGGCACCACAGCCAGUCUGUGGGCUUCCUGAUGGACGUGGAACAGAUGCCGAGCCGCCCCGACACGUACCUACUGACCGCCACCCAGCAGGACGGAAACCGAACCGCGGAGGUCCGGUGCUUCACGCAAACCAAGGCGGUGACCAUGCACAACACAAACCGCAACCAGGAGGGGGGAAUAUUUGCCUACACGGAAUUGAAUUCAGCCAUCAAGCGCGACGGCACUGUGGAGUUUGUGGACGGGUUUCAGAUCGACUCCACCGUCUACCUGCUGUCCAACCUGGCGGCUCCGCGCACGGUGCGCCUGCUGUGGCUGGAGAGCCGAGAGGGGCCGCGCCAGACCCUCAAGUCCCUGCGAGGUGCGACCCUGCGGCUCUCUGCCGGUGAGGACGGCAGCAGGCUGCUCGCCUCCGCGGUGAUCCCGGACGGGCCGCCGGUGCUCUGGGCCGGCGUGUUCGGUGCGAACGACAGCGACACCCGGCUGGCCGUGUUUGACAUCAGCCCGGUCCAGACGGGACCCACAGACCAGGACCUGGACUUCUAUAGCGUUAAAAAAGACACAUCCAAGUCAGAGCCGGCGCUGCUGACGCCCCGGGCGGUGCUGUUCAGGCGCAGCUCCAUGACCUCGGUGCUGGCACUGAGGCAGAGGAGCUGGUUGGUUUUCUUCAUCGGGACGGGAGACGGACUGCUCAUUAAGCUUGCUGUGGACAAAGCCUUUCAGAGCGUCUGUCCCAGGGUGCUCUACAAGGCCAAUGACGACCGCCAGGUGUUUCCCAAGAUGCACCUGGACCAGGUGGAUGGUAAACACGUGUACGUGGUGUUAGGAAACCAGAUGAAGCACCUUCCUGUGUCUCAGUGCCAAAACUACACGAGUCUGCAGGCCUGCUGGGCUGCACAGGAUCCCUUCUGCGGCUGGUGUGGCUCUGCAAAGAGGUGCACAUUUGAAGACGAGUGCUCAGAUCCAGUCUGGCUGUCGGUCGGCGACGACGCCAGCCAGCAGCAAAUGGUUUCUCACCGAGUGGCCAGGGGAAGCAGCGGCGAGAUCACGCUGAGCGUCCAGACCCAUGUGAGUGUCGGCCAACCGGCGGCGCUGACGAACUUCGCCUGUCAGUUCUCCACGGUGACCGACGAGCUGUGCGACAGGACAGGCCCCGCCCCGCAGUUCCCACAAUGCACCUGUGUUCUCAAGAGCAGGACACUCCCUGAGGAAGGGCUGGACGUCACCGUGAAGAUUAGACUUGGAUCUGAAACGCUGACAGAAAACCUGAAGCUAGCCAACUGCUCGGAGAUCUCAGGCCCGGCCACGUUCGCCCUGUGCCGUCGGUGCAUCGCAGCAGGAUGCGGCUGGAGCAGCAACGCCUGUUCCUGGGCGAACGCAGGAGCUGUCAAUGACAGUGUGUGCCACGUGUCUGAGUCCCAGCUGGACUUUUCUAAACCAGAGAUCUCCUCCAUCACUCCCAGCGUCCUCUCCUUCCUGGGAAGAAACGGCGCGGUGCUGAGGGGUCGAAACCUCGGCGCCGUCACCAGAGUUCGGAUCCAAGCCGAGCUGGACUGCAGCGCCAAAGAGUCUCCUGUGUGGAACAACACUGGCACCAAGCUGAUGUUUCGUAUUCCCAGUGGAGAUAAGGGUGUGGUGAAGGUAUGCGUCGUCCUCCCGGAUGGCAGUUGCCUCGGCAACGCCACCGUCACCUACCGCUCGCUGCCGUCCUGCUACAACAUCACGCCGGCCAGCACCUGGACCAGUGGGAUGAGGAAGAUGAAGGUGCGUGGAUCCUUUCUGGAGUUUGUCGAAGGCAUCGUGCACGACCACGACCCGCACACUGUCAGAGAGCCCACACACAACGGCUCAGAGGUUCUGUACUACGAUACGCCUCCUGCUGAAAACGCUCAGGGAGGUUUCAGCAGCACGAUGUCUCUGAAAGUUGUCAACACGUCUGUGUCGUGUCCCACGGAGAUCACCUACCACCCCGACCCCCACUUCACCAGCUUCACAUCCACCAGGACCGGAGACGACCUGCGGGUCACCAUACAGAAAAUGGCAGACAAACUGAACAUGACCAAAGACGAGCUGAGGGUGUGGGGCCUUCAGGGCGACGCGCAGCACCUCUGCCACAUGGAAACCUUGGAGAGCAGCGGUGGGACCGACUUUUUCACCUGUGAGAUUAAAGACAAACCCAACGUUCAGAUUGAGUUCUUAAUGAUAAAGUACGGAGGCAGGACAGUGACACUGGAGCCUCCAUCAAAUCUGUCUCCUCUGAUGCUGCUCGCCCUCCUGCCCAUACCCUGCAUCAUUGUCGCGGGCGUCGUCAUCUACCGCAGCAAGCAGAGGAAGCUCACCGCUCAGAUGAACCGGCGCAUCGAAGACCUGGAGCUCGACAUCAGGAACGACAUCAGGCAAGGUUUCGUGGAUCUGCAGACAGAGAGGGCUGACCUGAUGGAAAAUGUUGGAGCGAUCCCGUUCCUGGACUACAAGCACUUUGCCUCCCGGAUCUUCUUCCCUGAGGGCGGAGCUCUGAUGACGUCGUGCAUCCGGGACAUCGGCCAGGACGUGGUGAAGGUCCGGCCCGACGAGUGCUGCCAGGCGCUGUCCAAACUGAUCCGGGAGCAGCACUUCCUCACCUGCAUGGUUCACACUCUGGAGGAGCAGAAGAGCUUCACCAUCAAGGACAAGUGUGCCGUGGCGUCCCUGCUGACCGUGGCGCUGCACAGCGACCUGUGCUACCUGACGCAGGUGAUGGAGGAGCUGCUGCAGGCCCUGCUGCUGCAGGCCGGCGCCUCGCAGCCCAAACUGCUGCUGCGCCGCACCGAGUCCGUGGUGGAGAAGCUGCUGACCAACUGGAUGUCCGUCUGCCUCUACGGCUUCCUCCGGGAGAGUGUCGGGCAGCAGCUCUUCCUGCUGGUGAGCGCUCUGACGCAGCAGAUCGCCAAAGGACCCGUGGACUCGGUCACAGAGAAAGCUCUGUACACGCUGAGCGAGGACUGGCUGCUGUGGCAGGCACAGGACUUCACCUCGCUGAAGCUGAAGGUUCACUUUGCGGUGGGCAGCGACGGCGAGGUCAGCGACCCCCUGGAGGUCAGCGCUCUGAGCUGCGACACCGUCGAACAGCUCAAAGACAAGAUCCUGUCCACCUUCAGGGCCAAGUUCGGCUUCUGCUACAGCGCCGCGCUCAGGGACGUUCGCAUCGAGUACGAGAAGAGCGGAUCGUUUGUUCCUCUGGAGGAAGUGGACGGCAGCUCGGAGGUCAUCGGCGAUGUGACGAUGCUCAACACGCUGAAGCACUACGAGGUGCCUGACGGAGCAUCGAUCAAAGUGCUCUCUAAGAAAACUCACCCCCCUGUGAGUCCGCAGGGCAGUCUGAAGGAUGAUCGAGACUUCUCUGUGAAAUACUUCCACCUGAUCGACCCCGACGUGGACGAGGACCAGAGGAAGAACCCGGGCAGGAAGAAGUUAAAGCUGAAGGAGGUUCACCUCACCAAGCUGCUCUCCACCAAGGUGGCUGUUCACUCGUUCGUGGAGAACCUGUUCAGGUCCAUGUGGUCGACGCCGCACGGCAAAGCGCCGCACGCCGUCAAGUUCUUCUUCGACUUCCUGGACGCUCAGGCGGACAGCAUGAAGAUCUCCGACCCCGACGUGCUGCACAUCUGGAAGACCAACAGCCUGCCGCUGCGUUUCUGGGUCAACAUCCUGAAGAACCCGCAGUUCGUCUUCGACGUGGAGAAGACGCCGCACCUGGACGGCUGCCUGUCCGUCAUCGCUCAGGCCUUCAUGGACUCGUUCUCCCUCAGCGACACUCAGCUGGGGAAGCACGCGCCCACCAACAAGCUGCUGUACGCCAAAGACAUUCCCAAGUUCAAACAGGAGGUGAAGUCCUACUACAGGCAGGUGAGGGAGCAGCCGGCCAUCAGCAGCUCCGACUUCAGAGGCUUCCUGCUGGAGGAGUCCAAGAAACACGAGAACGAGUUCAACGAAUGUGCAGCGCUGAAGGAGCUCUACAAGUUCCUGCAGAGAUACUUCCCCGAGGUCCAGCAGAAGCUGCAGCAGAACGGCGCCCCCGCUGAGCUGAAGGAGCAACUGCAGCACGUUAAAAGCCUGUUUGACGGCCUGAAGAGCUGCUCCUGGGACUGAGCCUCGCCCCCGGGCCUCGACCCGACCCCGGACCUGCUGGGAGGCGGCGUCCCGGGACACGACAGGGGAGCAUUAACCCCUCACAGAACUUUCCACCAGGACGAGGAUCUGCACCGAUACCGACCUUUAACUCUGCGUGCACUGCGACAGACUGAGAGGCUGCAGAGCUGAAGACGAAGCAAAGAUCCUGGUAUCAUGUGAAACUGAGGAGCCCAAAGACUCACGUAUGUCAGGGGGAAAACAAGCAUGUCUGUUUCCAGCAGGUCCCUUGACCUCUGACCUCCAGGUCUCUGAAUGAAAGUGCCUCGCCUCUCCCCGCUGCAGACACCAAACCAGAGCAUGGAUUUCUCCGUCAUGUUCCUCAAGGUCUUAGUGUCGAAUGUGAUUUACUGAAGGGACUUUAAUUUAUGCUCAACUGCUCAAAAAUGGAUCAGUUAUGGUUAAAUGGCAUCAACCCCAAAAAAACUGCUGCAACAUAACAGGCAUUGAAACGGCCAUCAUACGCUUCCAUCAUAAACACUUCUACACUGUAAAUAACUGGGAAAAAAAAAUAGGCACCAAAGAACAAAAUGUUUCUCACAGAUUUAUGACGAGAGAAGCUUGGCACACAUCUCAAAUUCAUCCUCAGGUUCCAUUUUUUAAGUUUUUUUACAUUUCUGCUGCCUGCCGUGUUGUGGUGUUUCAGGCGGUUUGGAAAGUGUCAGACUGACGCUCACAAAUCUGAUCUGACUCACAUUUCAAACCUCAGACCCAAGUGGCUGUAAUCUGAUCUGCACAAAUCACUUGUGUGUGUGUGUGUGUGUGUUUUGUUUGAUGAAGGCCUUUACAUGAACUGGUGGUGGAAUCAAAUGUCACCGUCUCAGUUUGGUUUGCAGGCCACGACUGAACCUGCAGAACAGCCAAGAGAAAACAAACUGCAAAGGCCGAACGUGGAAAUAAAAAGGGAAGAAAAAAAUGUCGAGACGUGAUCAAAUCAAUCAGAUCAAUCAGAUCAGUGUUGAUGUUCAAAGUGCAGAGGUCAAAUUUGUGCCGUCGGUCUGCCUCGUGUCUCCUGAUGCAGCUUUCAGAUUCUCUCACAUCCUGAAACAUUUUGAAAUCUGUAAGAAAUCAGUUUUCAGAUUUUGAGUAUCGAUAGAGAAGCUGAGCGGCCAGCAGCUUGAGCCAAACACACGUGAGUGAAAACACUGCAGACUGCAAACACACACUAUUUUAUUGGUGUACAAGGAAAAAAAAGAAGUUUUAGUGUUUUGCUUUAUUUGCACGCCGGUGAGUGGCUCCUCAGGAGGUUUGCUUCAUGCUGCCACACCAUGGUAACAGAGGUGUGGACUCGAGUCACAUGACUUGGACUCGAGUCAGACUUGAGUCAUAAAUUUGAUGACUUUAGACUCGACUUGACAAAAUGUAAAGAGACUUGCAAUUCGACUUGGACUUUAACAUCAAGGACUCGUGACUUCACUGGGACUUGAGCCUUUUGACUUGGAAAGACUCCCUACUUUCCCCAAAACACAAAGAUUAAACAGUAUGUUAUUAAGGAACGCUCUAUCUCCCUCUGUGUAUUGACAUAAUAGCAACUGCACCUGCACCGUACGAGUCCAAAAGGCAGAGAAACUCUCCAGCUACAGCAGCAC